GUGCUUCCGUUGUUCUCCUUUCAACGUUCCCCGUCAAGGAUAUGCUUAGCAAUAAUAGUUCCUAACUCUUCAACAACACUACAGACCAGUUAAAACAACGAUAACAUGUAGCAUAUUCAUUUUUUAACGUGGCUUUUAAAAAGAGGUUUGGUGAAAACGCAUGUGUAUUAAAAAAUAUAUUAUCGAAAUGAUCUGUUACUGUAGAGUGGAUCAGGGGUUUUGCAGGUUCACUCCCCUACCUACUUAAUAGUAUAAACAAAAAUGGCGGUGUACAGCGUUGAUGGGACUUAGAACUAAAGAAGUAGAGGCUUCAAUAUAAGGCUGGAGGAUGGAGAGUAGCAGAAGUCUGUUCCUUUGUGGCCAAGAAGAGGAGCACAAUCCUCUUCAAUGCCCACCCAAAGCAUGUCUUCUAGAACCAGCAGGAACAGCACUGGGCAACAGCUCUGUACAGAAUAUCCACUGUGCCAUUGACACUGCUCUGCUUCUGGAGAAAAGUGGAAGCACUACCACAACAGAGAUAACAGAAGUGUCAGUGGAAACUGAAGGACUGUACCACUGUGAAAAAUGCACCCAGAACUUCCCCGACAGCAACCUUUUCUCUUCUCAUCCUUGCCUGGUACCCAUCUGCUCUCGGAUUGCUGAGCCCCUGACCACAGUGGAAUGGGCAGAAACGACCCAAUCAGAGACUUUCAAGUGCCCACAGUGUGGUGAGGCUUUCCCCCGGCCCAGCGCCCUGAAAAAACACUACAGAGCACACCGAGAUGAGCCUAGUAAACCCGUCUCCUGCUCUGAGCCCGGGUGUGGGUUUGCCACCCAGGACCGACAGCAGUACCAGAAGCACCUGCGCUCUGUCCACUCGCUGCAGCUCGUCCCCUGUGCCUUCCGUUCUUGCCGCCUGGCGUUCUCCACCCUGGAGGAAAUGGAGGCUCAUCGACGCGGCCACUUCCCCUUCCACUGCACGCGCUGUGACUUUGUCACCACCAGUGCCAAGCAGCUGGGGGAGCACUCUCGAGGACACAAGCCCUCCAGUCCCGCUGUAGAAGAGGAGAAUUCUGACCACACGGAGGCCCUUCCAGUACAGGAGAUGGAAGCGAAUCUCAGUGAAGCAGGACAAGAUGUACCAGAGAAAAGCACGAGAUCCCUAGACAAGGUCACCAGCUCGACUGAGGGAGAGGCGGAAAAGGAGGUUGAAGGAGAAGGCCAGCAGAGCCAGAACAAGGGUGCAGCAGAGAAUGAGAAGGAGCCAGGAGACAUGACAGUCCCAACCACAGACUCUAAGGAUCGGCAUUUUAAAGGGCACAUAGCCAAAGGAAUGGAACACCUGUAUCGCACCCACAUUUGUCCAGAAUGCCGCCGCUGUUUCAAGAAGCGCACCCACCUGCUGGAGCAUCUCCACUUGCACUUCCCUGACCCCAGCUUGCAGUGCCCCAACUGCCAGCACUACUUUACCAGCAAGAGCAAGCUGCGCAUCCACAUGCAGCGGGAGGCUGGCGAGAAACUCCACCGCUGCCAUCUGUGUGUGUACAGCGCGGUCGAGCGCAAUUCCCUUCGCCGGCACCUUGCCAGCGUCCACGGUGAGGAGGUAGAGGAUAACUUCUACUCAGAUGUUUACCCUUGUCCCACCUGUGGAAAGACGUUUCGACUGAGCCAAGCCUUGAAGGCCCACAUGAAGUCUCACCACACGUCAUCUGAAGUGCAGGCCCUGGUCUGCUUCAAGGAGGGCUGCCUUUUCAAGUCUGUGGAUAAAAAGGAGUUCCAGAGGCAUGCGAAGGACACCCACGGGGUUAAGGCUGUGGAGUGUCGACACCACGCCUGCAGUGCCUUUUUUGGCACAAAGGAAGACAUGGAGGCCCACUAUCGUACACACCUGGCUUUCCACUGUCCGCAGUGUGAUUUCUCCUGCUCCAACAAGAGCAACUUUCAACGCCACAAGCGCCAAGGCCACCCCGGCAGUGAGGAGCUUCGCUGCAACUUCUGCCCUUUCACCUCCUUCAACCCCGUGGAGUUCGGCGAGCAUGUGAGCCGGCUGCACGCCAACGAGAAGAUCCACCACUGCUCCCAGUGCAGCUUUGUCACUGCUCACAAGCGCGUGCUGGGUCGACACAUGCUGCUGCACACUGGUGAGAAGCCCCACAAGUGCAAACUGUGUGAUUUCAGGUGCCGGGAUGAAACUUAUCUUUCGAAGCACAUGCUAACACACUCGGAUGAUAAGAAUUAUAUGUGCUCAGAAUGUGGCUAUGUCACCAAGUGGAAGCACUACCUAAAUGUGCACAUGCGGAAACAUGCAGGUGACCUGAGGUAUCAAUGUAACCAGUGCUCAUACCGCUGCCACCGGGCAGAUCAACUAAGUAGUCAUAAGCUCCGACACCAGGAAAAGUCCCUUAUCUGUGAAGUGUGUGCUUUUGCCUGUAAGCGCAAAUAUGAGCUUCGCAAGCACAUGCGAAUCAAACACUCCCAAGAAGGCGACUACCAGUUACCUCUCUUCCAGUGCAAGUACUGCAGCUAUCACACACACUACCGUCAGGCUCUUUUUAACCAUGAGAACUGUAAACACACGCGGCACCGUGAGUUUCGUUGUGCCCUAUGCUCCUACUGCACUUUCAGUAGCACCAGUCUGUUUCUACAUAAGAAAAAGGUUCAUGGUUAUGUGCCAGGAGAUAAAGAGUGGCUAGAGAACUAUGCUCAGAGAGAGAAGGAAAAUAACACAGCAGAUGUUCAGCAGAAUGGCUGUGAAAAGCAAACUAUCUCUUCUGAUCCUGUCUUAAGUGAGCGUAAUAUUGUGACGCCAGAAGUACCUGCUAGCAUUGAGAGAGAUUCCAACCAUCAGUUGGGGAGUUCUGGACUUCCUGCAAUGCAGGGUAUAUCAGAUGAUGGUUGUGACUUUGAAAACACUAGCAAAACUCCUUCAGAUAUUCUAAAUCAAUGCAGUCAAGCAACUCCAACAAUAACCGGUUCAGAACAACUGUGCUUGGAAGGGUAUAUUCAUGCAAGCCAAGAAAAGUCACCUAAUGUUACCCAAAAUGAUUGUCAAGAAGUGUCCAUCACAGAUAUCUGUGAGAACCAAAGAGUUAUUGUUGAUGAAGAGGAGUGCUGUACAUUGGUUUUGACUCAUAUAUCAAGUAUUGAAAAUGUGACCUCAGAGAAGACCCUUGUUGAUCCCAAAUUGUCAUCUAUUGAAGGGAUUAGAGCACCACUAUGUAACAGACUAAAUGAAGCAGAAGAAGAUAUGGUGUUGGCAGAUUGUGAGGAACAAAGUGAUACUGAAGAGAGUGAGGUGCCACCAAAAGAAUUAACAGGGCUGAGAGAAAGUGGUGACAGACUGGAGCAAGGCAGGACUGUGGAUGGUACAAUACAUGCGAUUUUGAACGGCCAUAUUUCAGAAAGAAAAGAGAAAGGUGGGUUGUUGUCAGAACCCAAAGGCAGGGAGAAGUUGGAGGUUUCUCAGUCAGAGUCUAUUUUGAAGGCUUUGAGAAAGCAGGACAAGGAUCAGGCAGAAGCAUUAGUCUUAGAGGGCAGGGUACAGAUGCUGGUUGUUCAGACUAAAGCAUCUGUAUUCCGGUGUGACAAAUGCUCAUAUGUUACAUGCAAACAGACAUCCCUGAACCAGCACUGUCGUUCAUCAUGUCGAUCAAGAAAGGCUGUGCUCAAGUGUAGGGACUGUGGUGUGGUGUUCAAGCAACAGCGUGGUCUCAAUACACACAGACUUAGGAAGUGUCCAGUCAUCCUUAAAAAGAACAGCCGGUUUCUUCACCCACGUCGCACUGGACAGUUGGUAGCUAAAAAAUCAGAAGAGGUCAGUUUAGCAAAGAGUCAAGGUGGACAACCAAGACCAGCAGAGAAAGAGCAACUUGAAAGAAGUCCAGACAGUACUCCCAACAAUAUGAAAGCCAGUCAUGAUGUUGAGAUGCAUUCUGAACACACCAGGGCAAAGGAGAUACCCAGUUGCCUAUCUCAAGACCAUGUGGUUUCUGUUGGUACCCAAGGCAACACAAACAUGCUAGAUGGACCAGGCAUUGAAGACCGCAGCAAAGCACUCCCUUCAGAGGGUGAAAGUAUAUCUGUGAGUACUGAAAAACAAGAUUCUGCACUAACAUUUUUAACCCUACCUAAAGAGAUAGAAGUUUCAAAGGGCUAUCAACAAGAAGGUGGAAAAUACAAGUGUAAAAACUGCUCUUUUACUUGUUGCCGACUUUCAACCAUAAAUCGUCACUGUACAGCAUGCUUAAACCGCAAAUCUGCAACCAAGGUACUCUGUAGCCCAAGACAGCAGAAGAAACUUAGGAAUUUAGCUGAGGUUGAAGAAGAUGAAGCUGGUAGUAAUGCAGAUGAUUAUGAAGGAGAGGAGGAAGAAGAAAUUGAAAAGGAUUUUAGAACAAAGAUUGGCCAUCGCUUCUCCUGCUCCUCCUGUCCAUUUGUGUGCCAUCAGAAGAGAGCACUGGAAAGCCACUGUAAACGUGGCUGCCUGAAGCCAAAUGAGAUCCAGUGCCAGCUUUGCUCAUUUGUGGCCAAAUCUAAAGAAGCUCUUGACCGACACAGAGUAAUUCAUGGUAAAAAAAGCCUUUCAUCUGCCAUAGAGGGCAAGCGGCCACGUCUCCAAUGCGAGUUCUGUGCGUUUACCUGUAAGCAGAUUCGCUGCCUGAAUCAGCACGUGGCCCUGAAGCACGAGGGUGUGAAGCCUUACAGAUGCCAUUUCUGUGACUUCAGCACAACACGCCGCUACCGUCUGGAAGCCCAUGAAUCCCUCCACACGGGAGUGGGCCGCCUUUCCUGCGAGCUAUGCAGCCAGACUUUCGGUACCAAGUCCAAGCUGCGGCUGCACCGGCAGCGCGUCCACGAGAAGCAGCCCACUCACUUCUGUUCGCUCUGCGACUACAGUGGUUACAGCCUGAACGACGUGAGCCGCCACAACCUGAGCUGCCACACGGGGGAGCUGAGUCACGCCUGCCUGCACUGCACGGCACGUUUCAGCUCAGAGACAGCGCUGAAACAGCACUGUCACAGGCAGCACCAAGACCCCACCAACCUGGCGUGCCCUCAGUGCGACUUCACCUGCCACAGCCAAGCCACCCUCAAGAGCCACCUACUUCGGAAGCAUCCCCAGCUUGAGUGCCCCACUUGCCAGGUGAUGUUUGAGACCCGAGAGGGCCUCGAGGAGCACCGCAAGACUCACUUCACGCAACGAUGCCCGCUGUGCCCCUUCGCUGCUCGAGAGCGCCAGCUCUUGGUUCAGCAUCUCCUAGAUGAGCAUGAGGAAGGUCCCCCUGAAGAGAAGCCCUUGAAGUGCGCUGCCUGCGGCUUCUCCUGUCGCCACCAACUGGUCUUCGAGCAGCAUGUUCGGUCUCAUGGUGGCACCCGGCUCUACAAGUGCACUGACUGCCAGUACUCCACACGGAACCGUCAGAAAAUCACCUGGCAUAUCCGCAUCCACACCGGAGAGAAGCCAUACCACUGCGAGCAGUGCAGCUACGCCUGUGCUGAUCCAUCUCGCCUAAAGUAUCACAUGAGAACUCAUCAGGAGGAGCGGAAGUAUCUUUGUCCAGAGUGUGGAUACAAAUGCAAGUGGGUGAACCAGCUGAAAUACCACAUGACAAAGCACACAGGUGCCAAGCCAUACGUCUGCGAGGAGUGCGAUUACCGCACAAACCGCGCCGAUGCCUUGCGCAUACACCGAGAGACUCGCCACCGCGAGGUGCGUUCUUUUAUUUGCGAAAAGUGUGGCAAAGGCUUCAAGACCCGCUUUCUGCUUAAGACCCAUCAGAAGAAGCACAGCGAGGAGCGGCCUUACGUGUGCCGUGUGUGUCAGCGCGCCUUCCGCUGGCCAGCGGGCCUCCGCCACCACUACCUCACCCACACCAAGCAGCACCCAUUCCACUGCCUGCACUGCUCCUACCGAGCCAAGCAGAAAUUCCAGGUGGUCAAGCACCUCCAGCGCCACCACCCUGAGCAGCCCCUGGAGCAGAGUAUCGGCAAGGACCCCGGGCCCCACACUGUGCCCCUUCAGCAAGCCCGUCUGGGGGUGCUGGAGGAACAUUUGGGAGCAGCCACGCAGGAGUCUGAGGAGGUACAGCAGGAGCCGGGAGAGGGAGAGGGAGACAUGGGCCGGUAGAUACUUCUGUCCGACACCGUAAGGUCUCCAGUCUGACAUGGCAUACAGCAGAACAUGGAAUUCUUGCACCACAUCAAAUGGUUUCCUUAACCCGUAAUUUAUUGACUAACAAGGAAACCUGAGAAAAGUUUCUUAUGAAGGUUCAUGGAUUGAAAAGAAAGACAAAUGUCUGUGAGAAACAUUACCCAGUCAGAAAUAUCAAGAUUAUACUGAUUAAUAUCAAAUAUUGAUUACUUAUGAUCACAAAUUUGUUGCUUAUUUUCCUUUGGUUGGAAUGUUGUUUUGACUGUAUAACUGCACAGUCUCUUGGUCCUGCACAUAAAUAUAUGAGAGAGUCCGUCUGCAAAAAAACUGUUUUUUCUGCAUAACAUUUACAGUGUUCCAUUUCUCCAGGAUGAUUGUGGAUAGGUGAGACAUAAACAAGCCUGUAAUUUGAUAGGAAAUUUAUACCAAAGCAAACAUGAGCUUAGUUUGCAAAGCAACAGAGUUGCAACCAACCGCAUUAAUGGGUUUUUACAGAAUGUGAAAGUAAAUUAAAUAGACUGACAAUUAUUAAACAAAGUAUUUUUUGUACUUUGUGUUGUAUUUGAAAAAUAAAAUGAAUGGAUUGUGAUAUUGCCCAUACAGACAGUGUGCGAUGAACAAAAAUCUGGUUUGACAUUCGCAUUAUUGAAUUCACAAGUAUGUGCCUACAUGGGACGUAAUACUCAUGCUAAUCUUGUUGAUUUUUCUGUUUUAUUCAGUAUAGUAUAUUACAAUUAAAUUAGUGUAUUAAAAUAAGGUCAACAGAAAAAUAAAUUAUCUUGUUCUAGCUAAGAUUCAUUGUUUGGUGUGGUACAAGGAAGGCAAACAGUAGCAUUGAAUCGUUACACUAGAAAAUGUCACUUGAAGCAGUGUUGAUUGGAAUAUGGUUGAUCGGAGUUCCACAGUACUCUUUAGAUCAUCAUGAUGCCUGAACUGAGGUUUAAAGUUACAACCCUUUCUUAAAGGGAAUAUGUACAACAUAAAGUAUCGGAUACAUUAUAUUCUAAGAGGCAUGAAAAAUAUAAUGGAUAUUUGUUACAUUACUUUCCCAGAACUAUAUAUUCAUACAGUAAAUUAUUAGUGAAAAGUUUAAUUCACUUCGUUCCUGAAUCUGUUAACAAAACAUGAAAAUCACAGCUUUAUGACACUUUAUCACAACUAUAGCAAUGUUCAAGUUACUGCUCCUGUGACUGUGAGCAAAACAAACAGGGGAAAACGUUCAUUAAUCAUGGUUGCACCAUAAUGCCACGAUUGCCACAUAGAAAGGAAGAGGCCCUUGGUAUGCUGAGAGUAGGACACUUUAGGUAAGACUCUGGUCAACAAUAUCAUGUCUACAGUCUUGAUACUUUCAGAUGUGUUCAACUCGAAACCAAGUGUAGCCAUGCAUCACCAUGCCCUGCACAAUCUGCUCAGUAUACACUGAGUGAGGCAUCUUCAGUAUUGAUAUUGUCCCGUAUCCCAGAUUGCCACAGAGACACCUGAACACCACCGUGGCCAGAUCAGAUCCUGUACAGUAACACAGUAGCUCCAGAACGAAGGCAGCAGAGUCUUGUGUACUAGACUUGAAUCCAGUAGAACACCUAUGGGAUGCACUUGUUAACUUUGUGCAUCAUUGGAAUUUACCACCAUGUGCUCUUGCUGAGUGAAAUAUAAUUUCCUAAAAAGAAGUGUUCUUGUAAUGCUGAUACCACAUUUUAGACAUCAAAUUGCAUAAUGGGUUUGAACAUUGUUUUAUUAGUGCCCCCUCAGUGUAUAGCUCAAUAUAGUAAUAUUAAACUUUACUGCCUUAGAGUGUAAGUGCUCUAAUUACUGUGCAUGUUACUGAAUAAUCCAAAACCUGAAUGUUGAGUUAAAAAGUAAAAAUUAUUUGUUUUCUUAGGGUCAGUCAUGGGGUUCUACAAAUAAACCUGGAAUCUUAAGUUUACAUUACCAAAAGAAUCCGAUAUGUACAGUUUUGUUAACCACUUCACAACCCUUUCUAUCAUGUAAUUGUCAUAACUAUAAAUUAUUUAAUACAAAAAUAAAUGUUGUCUAAUAUCUGCUGUACUGUAUAUAACCAUCACUCUGCUAUAAUGUAAAACGAGAGUGCAAUGUUUAUUAAAAUACAGUGGUUGUUUUGAUUUUUGUGCUACAUUCCCUGGCCUUCAUAAUCAUAUUUGUACAUAACCCUUUUGUUUUGCAGUAUUCUUGUUCAUUCCUUGUAAUUUCCAGUUUUGUCCAAAAUAAUGUCUUGUAUUUCUUGGAGUUGUGAAAUGUAAAUGAGUGUAGACUGUCACCAGUUCCAAAGUGCUCUAAUUUUAUUACAUUGAUGUAGAACAUUGAUGAUGUAGAAUAUAAAAUGAAGAGUCCAAUUCAUAAGUGCUAGCAGCUGGACUAUACCUUCUUUUAUACUCUUUGGACCUGAAUCAUACUGUAUAUCACAUUACCUUCUGCUUAGAGAGAUCUAAUCACUUCUUCAGACAACCUAAGAGUUACAUCUUGUCAUUCAAACUGCUGCUCAUUUCACAGCUCCUUUUCUGUCAGCCGUAAUGCAGAAAACUAUUUCCCCUGAAAUUCUCAUUUAUUUGCAGGUGGACAUGGCAUAUGUAAGUAUACAUUUACAGGCAAACAAAAUUAAAGUUACCUUUCUAAAACAACUGCUGUAAAAAAAGAAAUAUAGAUCACUUAUUAAAAUACAA